GGGGGCGGGGCCGCCGGCAGCGGCGGUCCCAAGGCGAAGAAAACCAACGCGGGGAUCCGGCGGCCGGAGAAACCGCCUUAUUCCUACAUCGCCCUCAUCGUCAUGGCCAUCCAGAGCUCGCCCUCCAAACGCCUGACCCUCAGCGAGAUCUACCAGUUCUUGCAGAGCCGCUUCCCUUUCUUCCGAGGCUCCUACCAGGGCUGGAAAAACUCGGUGCGCCACAACCUCUCGCUCAACGAGUGCUUCAUCAAGUUGCCCAAGGGGCUGGGACGCCCGGGCAAGGGCCACUACUGGACCAUCGACCCGGCCAGCGAGUUCAUGUUCGAGGAGGGCUCCUUCCGACGGCGGCCCCGCGGCUUCAGGAGGAAAUGCCAGGCGCUGAAGCCCAUGUACCGCAUGAUGAACGGGCUGGGCUUCGGCGCCUCCAUCCUCCCGCAGGGCUUCGACUUCCAGGCGCCCCCCGCCUCCCUCGCCUGCCACUCCAACGGCUACAACCUCGACAUGAUGCCCAACGCCAUGGCCAGCGGCUGCGAGGGACUCAGCGGCGGCCACCACGUCCCGCACAUGUCGCCCAACCCCGGCUCGACCUACAUGGCCCGCUGCCCCGUGACUGCCAACGGGGCAUCCGGCCCCGCCAGACGCGGGGGGGCAGAGAGCGGUGCCUGUGCGCCCACGCGGGAGGGGUGCCCGGAGACUUGCGUGGGCACCCACCUCCCUCGGCCCGUGUGCCACCCGGCUGGGCGGUGCACGGCCUCCCCGCGGAGCGGCCACGGGGGCUCCUACGAGGACGGGUGCAGCCCCGAGCCCACCCGGGGGCGACGGGGGACUCUGGGGAUCCACGUCCCCUCCUCGCUCGGGGCGAUGGGACCCGCCGCUCUUUCUGCCCUGCAGGCGGGACGGGCUUUGCCCCGGGGGGAGCGCCCAGUCCGCUGCCAGGAAAGCCAGAGAGGGGCUCCCAGACCUUGCAGGAGGGAGCCGAGGGCAGGGGGAACGAAGCAGCGUGCCGGCCCUGCUGUCUGGAGCCUCUCCUCCCUGCGGGUGAGGGAGAGAGAAAGGGCUGCUCCGCCCGAGCAGAGCUACCCGGCUUCUGAGCAGCUCUUGUUGUUUCCUUCUCUUGCAGUGGGAUUGCCUCGCUACCAGCAUCACCCCUCCCCGGUGUGUGACAGGAAAGAUUUUGUCCUCAAUUUUAAUGGCAUUUCUUCGUUUCACCCUUCCGCUAGUGGAUCUUACUACCACCAUCACCACCAUCAAAGCGUCUGUCAAGACAUCAAGCCCUGCGUGAUGUGA